UGGUAGGAAGACGCCCAGGCAAGACAAGUUGAGUUUGUAAAUGUCAAACCCGUGGUCGCUGGUGGAGUUUACAGCGCGCUUCACACAGCCAAUCAGUUCCUGCCGGAGUCGCUCUGGAGCCAGAGCACAGUCUGAGGAUACUGUGCGUAAAAUCUACCUGUCAGACGCAGCAGCGGUGCCAUGGUGGCGGGCAGAGCUCAGCGAGCAAAGUCCGUUCUUACACACGCGGAAUAACUUCCCUUUUCAACGGAUGCUGUAUGUUGCGCUACGUUGGAGGGUUUCCCUCAAAACUGAUCGUGUGAAGUAGAAAGGUGGCUCCGUCCGUCUCCAUCGACUCAGUUGCGCCGAGGAACGAUGCUGAACAAAGCUGCGGAAGGAUUUUCCACUACAGCUGCCACAUUGCCAAAUCUUUUCUGGACUACAUCCUCUGAUCCAUAAGACGUUUUAACCUGCCAUCAUGGAGAGCCUGAGUGACCUCCAGAAUCCCCUGCUAGACAAGACCAGCCGACACGUGGUGCACAAUGAUUACCAGGGUUACCAGUGUGACUACCCGAGCCAGCCUUACCAGGACAGCCUCAUUGGCUACUACUACACUGAGACGAAUGGCAAGCAUAAGACCCAGCAGUUCCUGGAUGCCACAUCCCUGCAUCUAGCGGUGGAGGCCUUCUACAGGCCCAACUUUAUCCUGUACAAGGACGACGUGAGUCUUCACAGCAAAGACUCCAAGAGCGAGAGCUUUGAGACUACUUUCACAGAGAGUAAGGACACUGUGUUGGACGGAGUCUCCACAGAAAACCCUCUGGACAGCAUACAAGGGGAGAAGGAUGUGAAGAUCCAGACGGUGUCAUACGAGGUGGAGGAGGAACAGGGUCCUGAGUAUGAGAGUGACAGCUCCAGCGAUAGUGAGAGUGAGGACAACUUCAUCGUGCUGCCCCCUCGGGACUACCUGGGCCUAGCCAUCUUCUCCAUGCUCUGCUGCUUCUGGCCCUUGGGCAUCGUUGCCUUUUACUACUCUCACAAGACUGGCAAGGCCAUCGCUAAGGGAGACUUCUCCAGAGCAGGAAUGAGCUCCAGAAGAGCCCUAUUCCUGGCUGCUCUUUCCAUUACCAUUGGAACAGGGAUGUAUGUGGGGGUGGUUGUGGCCCUCAUAGCCUACCUGUCCAAGCCCGGACACGUAUAGCACUGGGACCGGUUUGCGUGGCAGGAGAUAGAGAGAAAGAGGAGGCAAGUUGGGAGAAAGGGAAGAGACCAAGCCAGACAGAUCUGUUCACCUCUCCUGAAGGUGUGGGCCUGUGUUGUUGCAGGGCUGUCUGUGAAAAGAAGAACCUAUGUGAAGAGAAAAGACUUAACAAAGAUGUGUGGAUGGAGUGUGACUUUGGCUGCAUAUUGAUUCGGACUGAAUCUUUACUUCUGGGAUGCAAAACUCCCACCGAGGUAUUCCACCACCACUACACGAAGAAGAGAGGACAGCGCUGAGAGAGAUGACUACUCUUCAAUAAGGCCGUGCUGUACUUAUAUGUUAGACAAAAACUGAGCUCAUAGCAGUAAAGAACUACCUACCUUUUACCGCAUUAGUCGUUUACAGCAGUUUUAUUUUUCCUUUAUAGUAGAUGUAUUCUCUGUCAAUACUAUUUCAGAUUGUGUAUUGUCCACUUUGUAAUUUCUUGGAAAAACAGUCAGCCAGUGGGUUUUUAUGUGAUUGUUUAUUCAAGGAAUAUACCGGAAAUUGAUACAGUCGGAAAGCAGAGAGAAGUGGACCCUUGAGAAAAACAAAGGUAAAUUGUUGCAUUGUACACAAAGUUGCUGAAGAGCGUUCAGGAAGGUUAUUUGUGUUUAUUGUGUACUGUAAAAUUAGUC